AUGGAAGAUGAAAGAGAUCCCGGAGAUGUGUUUGCUAUACCAGACCUAUGGGGUCUCUCUAAAUGUGUUGAUGAUUUGGCGCAACCAAACAGUCUCUUCUCAGACCUAAGACUCGCUGACAUUGACUACAAAUUACCAGACGUCGCAGAGCAGUGUCAAACUGAUGAUCUGUUUUUCGGUAUACCAGAGCUACCCCUUGGUCUAGCAGAGCCACCUAUCCCAACUCCUUCUCAAUCCGACGAGAAAUCUGGCGAUACAUCUUGCAACGAACCAGCGGGGCAAGAGGAAGAUGGCGAUUUCGACUUUUGGAUAACACAGGAGCAAGAGCCUUUACAAGAACCAGUGAACUACCAAUCCUGGGAUGCCUUCACCAUUGAAUCUUUUCAUGAACCUCAAACAGCAUAUAUGACCGAAGCUGGACCUCGAGUGUUUGAUACGGCCUUAGCUGCCAGGGAGGAUUUCCUAAAAGUUGGGAACACUCACCAUGAUGUCAUAGACUCAAAAAUACUCGCUACAUCUGUGCUCGCAUUGGGAUUAGGCAGAAAUUCUAUUUUUUUCGCUUGGGAUAUAGAGAAACGUACUUUUGCCCCAACUCUUCAGAAAUUCAGGGUCUCUGGCCACACUACCCAAUCUCUCAAGGGCUUCUUGGCUCCAUUCUAUGACUGCGGGAAUAUUACUAAAUUCCUACAAGAUUUUGUCGGAAAGACCUACUCAUCAAAUAAGUCACCAGGUCGAAUUGCCUUGGCUGAAUCCGUCUCAACUGUUCUUGCAACAAUCCAGUCACAGCUAAAUGUAAGCACGUCUGAUUAUGAAAGUAUUCUACAACUGCAAGCAAUAUUUCAGCCUGCUCACUCGCUUCUUACAUGCUUUAAACGAUUGGUGACAAAAACUUUGCCCAAAAAGAGCGAUGAAGCAAUACUGUCGACACUAUUCGAAGAGAUUCAGCUUCUAGAACAUAGGACAGACUCCCUCAGAGACAUUCUUCUCGAGAUACUCUCGAGGGCGUCAACACCUUGGCUCGAGUUCACCUGUGAAUGGCUUGGACUUCAAAGAGAGGUUGGCUUACCGCUGACCAAGGAGGGUCCUGGCAAGAGUUUUGUGAAGGUUGAUAAUAAAGAGUGGGUGAAUGAAGCUGGUCUUGAACUGAAUGAACUCGACUUUGCAUUAGACCAUGAAAAAAUCCCCUCAUUCAUACCACUUGAAGAUGCCCGAGCAAUGUUUGAAGUGGGUAGGAGCCUUCGAAUUUUACGGACUCACCAUAAGGAUCACCCUUUGUCAAGAAUGAAUGUGGUGGAAUCCGUUGCACCUCCAAUCCUCGAAUGGAGGUAUUCUUGGCAUGAUAUCCUGGACGUAGAAACUAAAGCUUUGAAAUACGAACAAGAUUUGACCGAUGCACUGCGGACCUUCUCUGAAUCCAACUCAGCGGCGACAGUUACAGCGCCCGACUCUCGAUAUGAGCUCCACAAUUGCGAUCUGGACUUCUUCGGCAAACCCGAAGAAGAGAUGCAAACGCAUGUUAUAGCUUCUAUCAACCAGCUGAAUUCUAAACUACAGGAGCCACUCGCUCCAAUCAAACUGAAGCAACUUCUACAGGCCUGUCUAUUAUCAACUCCAGACUCUUCACGGGACGAUGACUCAAUAUUUUCUCCGCCCAUCUCGUUGGCCCCUCUACUCUCAUUCAACCCAAUCAUUUCUGCGCAAGCUCGAGUGGUCAAUAGCAUCUGUAUGCAGCUAUUUUUCAAGUCUCACAAUUUACGAGAUCAUCUUUCCUUGCAAAGAGACUUUCAUUUGUUAGGUAAUGGUGUCUUCUCAAGUCGACUUUCUCAUGCACUAUUUGACCCAGAAUUGGAGAGCGCCGAAAGACAUAAAGGGGUGGCUCUAUCCGGCGGAUCUAUGGGCUUACGACUUGGCGGUAGAGAUACAUGGCCACCAGCGAGCUCUGAACUAAGACUUGCCUUGAUGGGUGUUCUCGCAGAAAGUUAUACAUCAAAUCAUCCUUUGGAUCUCUCUCGGGCGGGGAGAUACCUCGAGCGUCAAGGAUCUCUCCCAGGAGAUUUAAGUUUUGCUGUUCGCGAUAUGUCCGAAGAGGAAAUCGAAAAAUGUAAGGACCCUAACUCCAUUGAGGCCCUGGAUUUUCUACGACUCUCUUACAAACCCCCAGCGCCAUUGGAAUCUGUCUUGACUCCCGUUGUCCUCUAUAAAUACGAUCAGCUUUUCAAACAGCUACUUCGCGCUCUCAGGAUGCUCUAUGUUGUCUCGGCACUUUUCCGCGACGUUACAGAUAGAAAAUCAUCUUGGCAAAAUAUUGAUCCCUCUGCACAGAAAUUCCGCAUCGAGGCUCAUCAUUUCGUCUCUUCUGUUUGUGGGUAUUUUUUCGAUACCGGAAUCGCAUCAACGUGGCGUAUUUUCGAGAGAAAAUUAGAUGAAAUUGAAGAAUGCAUGGACUCGGACAAGUUUUCGCUUGGCCAAAACGAGGGGUUGGAUAAGCUCAGAGACUACCAUGAGCGUGUACUUGAUAAGAUGUUGUUUGCGUUGUUGCUGAGAAAGAGACAAAAACCUGUCAUGCAACUGUUAGAAGAAAUCUUUGGCAUAAUUCUGCAAUUUUCGAAACACUCAAGGGAAAGAGCUUUGGGGACUAAGGGAGGUGCGGGGGAUGCAUUAGAUGAUCAAGAUAUCAGAGCGAUGUAUCUAAGGUUUGGGAAGAGGGUAGGAGUAUUUAUCACGGUUUGUCGAGGAUUGAGUGAAAAGAAGGGGUAUGGUGAGAAGACUUUCGAUACCCAGGCAGGAAACGGAGGCUUGUUUGCCGCUGCGGAGUUAGCGGAAGAAAAUACUGUUGGGCAAUUGGUGUUACGAGCGACAAUUGGAGGAAGUGUUCCUUUUAUGCGCAAUUUAAUGCUCCAUCUAGGAGGCCGUAGCGAGAAAAUGGCCAUUGCUGUUCGUGCCCAGCAGCAAUCUAUCUUACAAUCUUAUAAGCUCAGUAUUUCCGGUGAUGUCGUCGUCGUCUUCGGACUCAGUCUUCAAGGCUGA